GCAGUGAAGUGCAACAAUUGUUUGGAAGCAAUUACACCCAGUGAGUUUGUUAUGCGAGCUCAGAAAAGUGUGUACCAUGUAGGCUGCUUCUGCUGUUGUGUCUGUGAGAAACAGCUUCAGAAGGGAGAUGAAUUUGUCCUUAAGGAUAGCCAACUGCUGUGCAGGAAUGACUAUGAGAAGGAACGUGAAAGGCUCAGCAUUGGAAGCCCAGCUCCAUCGGAUUCUGGUAAAUGUGAUGAUGAAGCAAGCUUCUGCAAAAUGGAAGAGACUGGGAAAGUAUCUGAGGAGAUCAGGGAUCAUAAACGGCCCAAGCGGCCCCGGACAAUCCUAACCACACAGCAACGCCGAGCAUUUAAAGCAUCAUUCGAAGUAUCUUCUAAGCCAUGUAGGAAGGUAAGAGAAACAUUAGCAGCUGAGACAGGUCUUAGUGUUCGAGUUGUACAGGUCUGGUUCCAGAAUCAAAGAGCUAAGAUGAAGAAAUUAGCAAGGCGACAACAACAGCAACAGCAAGAUCAGCAAAACACACAAAGAUUCACUGCAGCUCAGACAAGCAAUGGCAACAGCACUAAUUUUGAAGGAAUUAUGAAUUCAUACACCACACUGCAACCAACCUCACAACAGAUGUUGGUUAUUGAUCAUAGUGUCUAUAACUCAGACUCCUUCCAGCAAGGACUUACUCCCCCACAGAUGCCAGGGGACCACAUGCACCCUUAUGGCUCUGAGCCCAUUUUCUGUGAGAUGGAUAGUGAUGAUACCUCCUUCGGCAACCAGAGCAACUGUUUCUUGGAAACUACAGAACCUGGGCCCUUACAAUCAAGAGUGGGCAACCCCAUUGACAAUCUAUACUCAAUGCAUAGCUCCUACUUUACAUCUUGAGGAAUUUGAGGUCAUGAAUAAACA